AUGAUUUUGAACUUCCUCAUCGCAAUAUGGGCCAUAUGUGGAACUGCUGUUGCAGCUCCUCAGUAUGGUCACAUCGAAUCUACCGUCACUGUUUACGCUCCCUGCUCUGAAACUCCUGCUCCAUUUCCAACUGCCGUAGCAAGCAACCGCAUGGCACAAAUCAUCGCAGAUACAUCUCUCCCUCCCUUUUUCGCAACCACCUUUUCCACCUAUUCGUCAGUUGGAUUUUCGGAAUCAACUCGAACUAUCGAAGCUUCCCAACCAUCAAGAUUUACUGGAUCAAUUGAGACCGCCGCUGGAGUAAGACAAAUCCCUCAGUCAUCCAGUGACGUCUUUUCCUUCAUAGUCGUCGAAGGUACAACUAGCUGGUUGAAUGGACAAACGCCAACUAGCGCUCCAAGUCAAUCUUUCGUCGUCAUUACGAGUGCUAUAACAGUGGUUCCUGUAUCGAUUCCACCUCCACCUGCAUCGACAUCCGCGUCUAGCAGUGAAGUUGUGGUUAUAUCCACAGAAACUGUUAUACCUCUUCCGACUACUUCAUCUCCGGCUUCCUCCUCUUCGUACUCUUUGACAAAAUCCUCCAGCAGUGAGUCUGUGAUCAUAUCAACAGAAACGGUGAUUCCACUGUCAACUCUACCAUUAACUCCAUCGUCGUCAAUGACAACCGAAACCAAAUCAACAUCUACCGAUGAGCCUGUCAUUUUGUCAACAAAAGCGUCUACACCUCUACCAACUACUUCCCAAUCAUCUUCACCGAUUACAAUUCAGCCAGCACCCAGCAGUAAUGUGGUAAUUACAUUAACCACCACAGAAAUAACCAUUGUUCCUCUCUCAACUCUACUUUCAACCACAACCGCUAGUAGUAAAUCUACAUUUACAUCAGCCAGCGCAAUUAUUUCUUCCCAGUCCAGUACAAAUUACGCAUCUCCCAACGGAACAAUCAUUUCCAGUACUUCCACAUUCGCAUCGGUAACUCUUCCAACUGCAGUAAUUUCUACCUCGACACUUUCUUUCAAUCUCUCGUCUAUGGCCAGCAAUCUUUCUACUACUGCAAACCCACUUUCGAGUUUGUCUUCUGUCCCAAGCCUAACCAUAUCUAGACCUGAUGUCUCUGAGAGCAGUAUUAAGCUAGUCACUCCUUUACCAUAUACAACUCCCGUACCGGCGAGUUGGACAACCACACCUUUGCCUUCGGGCUCCCCUUCGGAGGUUUUGAGUAGUGGGGGCAAUUCGACGGGGAUUUGGACAGUCGCCUCAGCUCCAUCGACCAUUUUACCAAUUUUUAUUGAGCCCUCGCCAUCAUUGACUGCUAGCUCUAGUUUCAACUCAGUUUCGUCGUUGGCCACUCAUACCGUCUUUUCUCCAAUAUCUGUGGUUUCUCAAUCAGCUUCAGGUAGAAUAUUUACCGGUAUUGCCUCCAACUCCGGGGGGUGGAAUUCAACGUCGCAAACAGCAUUGGAAUCGACCUUCAAUACAUCUACGUUGGUUACAACUGGGUCUCUGACUACUUUGACUGGAGUUAGGGAAUCACAAGCCGCUACUCAAACUUUCAAUUCUGUUUUUGCCACUUCGACAACUUCGGACUCUUCAUUUUCGAUGCCGACAUCAAUCUCCAGCUCGAUUUCGUUGUCUAGGGAUACUGUAUCUUCUACAUAUACUCCAACCUCUAGCUCGACUUCAACAUCUGGCUUUACCUCAAUUCCCAGCUUCAAUGCAACAUUUUACACCUCGUCAUUUUCGUUGCCGACUUCAAUCUCCAGCUCGAAUUCGUUGUCUAAGGAUACUUCACUUUCUACAUAUACUCCAACCUCUAGCUCAGAUUCAACGCCUAGCUUUACCUUAACCUCCGGCUUUAAUGUAACAUCUUACGCCUCCUCCUUAUCGAAGUCUACUUCAAGCUCAAUCUUGAUUCCGGUAAUCAAUGCCACUUCAACAUUCCAAUCAAGUUCAUUGUCUACAACCGCGUCAACAUCCACUUUCAUUCCAGUGAUUGAAGGAUCAAGUUCCGUCACUUUCCCCAACUCAACAUCCUCUACAUCCACAAGCAUCAUUUCCUCAGCCACACCCACAAACUGCGGAGAGCGUGGAGACUUCGUAUUGACUUUCGAUGACGUCCCAACAUCGUCCGUCUUUAACGCAAGCGAUACUGACGUCCAGCCGGAACCAUUAUUCAAUCCCUACCACCAAUUUCUCUUCUCCGAUGGUUUCACAGUCAUUCCACCACCAAAACGUCUCCCCUUCUUCCCAUCUUCAAAACCACUCCUCCUCGAAUUCAUACCCAACUUCCAAGCCAACUCCUCAGAUAGAAAAACAGGCGCUAAUACCGCAGACCAUAUCUUCUCAGGGCAAAUAAGAAGUGGCGACGAAGGACUCACCGGAUGUUUCAAUUUCAAUCUCUACGGAGCAUCACUCGGUUGCGAUUCCACGGGUCCUUCAUGCGAUUUCACAUUUACGGGAUACAAGUACGACGAGGCUUCUCAAAAGACCUCUCAAGUCACCCAACAAAUCAUCCAUGUUCCCGCGUGUCCCGAACUUGCGAAUUGCGUUUUGACAACCGUGGACUUGGAACCGAGUUUUAGGGAUUUAACGCAUUUUCUCAUGAAUGCGACGGUGGCGGGCGAACCGAAACUUUGGUGGAUGGAUGAUCUUCGUUUGGGAUGGUCGGAUAAUAGUUGUGCUAUGGGUCUUUGUCGUCAGAAUGCUCAUGUGCGUUAG